CGUUGGCACAGUAACCGGAUGCUAACGCUAAGUGAACCGCGUGGCUUGUGUGACGCAUAGUUGAGGGUGUACGGUCUGCUUUAUCGUCUGUUCGCAGUAACGGGCCAUUAUAUCAGCCGGGCUCGGCUACGUUAUCAGCUGUGGUGCGGAAACGUGUUUAUUUUUUUCCCCUUUUUCCCAUAGCUUUUGAAUUAAUGCACCAGAUUUCCUUUGGUGUACCGUGCGGCUAACUCAUGCUGGAAUUCCAUCACAUGGUAGCUAGUUCGGCAAAACAAUGGAUAAUGCUAACAGGAAACUGUGUUUGUAAACGUAAGCGAGCAUAUUGAGUCUAUUGUGGUUUUAGCGCCUUUUCAAAAUAAUGUAAUAUCUGUAGAACUUCUAACGCAUUUCUAAAUGUACGAACCCUUUGGGAAUUAUCAGUGGUAAACAGGGUUAACCUAGCCUAGAUGCUGACGUGAAUAAGUUCCAGGCGCUCGAGCGAAGAUGCCGAAUAAGAUUUGACCCACGUUCCCUUUUGUCGUUUAGAUGUCGCGUGGGCAGUGCUGACUGACGAGCGUCAGAACAGACGCGCUUCAAGAUGUAUGACUCAAAUUCUGUCGCAACCGAACCCAGAUAAUAAUAAGAACUCAACUUAUCAGUAAGAAAUCACCGGAUUGAAUGUCUGGAAUUCAUUCACAGAGGAAAGUUGUUCCAGAUUCUGAUUCCAGUCCGUACAGCUGAAUGUUGCAACUUAAGCCCCGCCCCUUUUACUUUAUUUCUUCUUGUAUCACAGAUGUCGUAUCUCUGCUUGGUGACGCAGGUUUGGACUUCUAUAACCAGCGAAGGUGUUAAAACCACGCAAACUUUGUUAUCCUUCCCAUCAUCGGUAAACUUAAAAAAAAAAAAAAUAGUUUAAGCAAACAACAUUGAGAGAAAAUGUUCCAACAAUUUUGCAGCAACUGACCUAAGGAUACUUAUUUGGUUGGAAAAAAAUCCAAUUGGUCAUCUCUUGUAUCUAGAGUGAAUCUACUGAGAACUAGUAUGAAUAGAUUGGUCUCUAAGCUCUGACAGUUGUGCCAGCUGGUAUUACCGACCCGAUUCCAGUGUAUAUUAACAGUUUGACCAUCUUGUCUUAAAAAACAAACAAAAAAAAAAACAAAAAAAAACUGCUGCAUCUGACCAAAAUUGACUCACCACUGCCACUGGGGGCAACAAAACUGAUUGCUGCACAGUUUUAUUGGCACAAAGACACCUAGGCCUCAGGAGGGGUGGGGAAUGCCCAGUCAGCAAUGGGCUGCCGAGUCGUCUGUGUGUGAGAAGAUCAUGGAGAAGCUGGGCCAGAACGAAAUAGACCGCCACCAGCGGCAGGUGGCGAUCCUCAGCCAGGACAGCUUCUACAAGGUGCUGACCCCAGAGCAGAAAGCCAAAGCACUUAAGGGCCAGUUCAACUUCGAUCAUCCAGAUGCCUUCGACAAUGAGCUCAUCAUGCAAACGCUCAGACAAAUACUUCAGGGAGAGACUGUGCAAAUCCCAGUUUACGACUUUGUUACUCAUUCCAGGAAAGAGGAGUUUGUUACGGUGUACCCGGCCGACGUGGUCCUGUUUGAGGGCAUCCUCAUGUUCUACUCUCAGGAAAUCAGGGAUCUGUUCCAGAUGAAGCUGUUUGUUGACACAGACCCAGACACGCGGCUCUCGCGUCGAGUUCUGAGGGAUAUUAAUGAGCGUGGCAGAGAACUUGAACAGGUGCUGAGUCAGUAUAUUACUUUUGUAAAACCGGCCUUUGAGGAGUUCUGUUUGCCUACAAAGAAGUAUGCAGACUUGAUUAUUCCAAAAGGGGCAGAUAACCUUGUGGCCAUCAACUUGAUUGUCCAGCACAUCCAAGACAUUCUGAACGGUGGACAGACCAAGCGUCAGAACGGCUUCACGAAUGGACACAGCACCCCCCGGAAGCGGAGGACCUCGGAGUCGAGCAGCCGCCCUCACUGACGCCGUGGCCCCUCUCUUCACAGGGCGGAGAGGGGUGUGGGUGUCGCACUGUAAAUAACGCCACCCUGGCUACACUGUAUUUAAAAAGCGAAGAGACACAGAAGAAAUUGAAAUGCCUUGCGUUGAGCCCUUUUGUGAUCAGUUAUGAGUUUUUUUUUUUUUUUUUUUUUUUUUUUUUUUUUGUCAAACCUGAACUUAGGUUUUUUUUUGUUUUGUUUGGAGGGUAAAGACGGGACCUGUUUAAACUGGGUUUUUCUCCCUGCUCUAUUUUUUUUUAUGUCCCCUUACUAAACAAUGGAAGUCUUUUCUUGUAGAAAAUAAAAACUUUUUUUUUUUAUUUCUGGUAAAACUUGAAGCCCUGGUGUCUAGGGCAACCCUAUAAAUGUUUGAGAAUUUGAAACAAACAAAAAAUACGGUUUAAAGUUGGCCAAAGGCAGGUCGAUCUCUGUGUUGACAAUCUUGGGAGUGUUUCUCAUUGUUUUGUUAAUGAUUCGAAUUGUUAACCACCUCAGUGUUUCACACGAGCAUCGUCACACAUCAAAACAAAGGCUGGCAAGUUUCCAGUUGAUCCAAAAAGGAUCAAAAUGCUUUUACAUUUAUUUAUUGAAAUUUAAAUGAUGCAAACAAAAAACAGGUAAGUGGUUAUUUUAUUUUAAACAAGAUUAUCUAAAUUAUUCUUCAGAACUUAGGUGCUUCUGCUCACAUUCACACAGCCAAAUCAGAGCUGUGACAUCAUGAUGACAGACUCAGGGUAAUGCAAUUGGCCUAAAAUGCCACAUUAAUGGAUGAUGGUGGGGGGUGGUCCGGGGAGGCGUUCAUUGCCUCAGCAAUAGCAUUCAUUCCAGACGUGUGGCAAACCACCAUAAUGCCUCGGUAAAGUUGCCUCAGGUUUUCAUGCACAGCAAAUCAACACUAGAAACCGGUCUGUUUUGGAUAGGUUUUCAAUAAGGUUUUUUUUUUUUAUGCCAAGUCCUAUAUUUGUUACGUUGUGCAAUUGAAUGAAUGAGUUAUGAAUGGUUGUGGAGUAAGGGACUGAUCGGCUAGCUGAAGUUGAAUUUGUCAGUUGCCUAAUGGUAAAUAAACCGAUGCAGACGA